AAAGACGCCGCGGUCAGGACGUAGAAGCGCAAGGAAGACGAGAGUCAGCCGGCUCGCGAGCAGUCCUGCUGCCGUGUUGCUAUCGCCUUAAGCCGUGGUUGGUGCAUUCUGGGGCGUGCGGCCGAGGAGGACGACGUUGCCCCAGGCGACGGGCGGUCCUUGUGCAGUCUUCUAUCCCUGAGGACGUGGUGCGCACGCGGCGCGGCCGGGGCGGUGGCUCCGGGGCCAGAGACGAGGAUCUGGGCGGUCUCUUCCUCCACCGGGCGCCCUCCUAUGCCUUCCCCGGGCCUGCGACAGUGAAAAAGCAGCCUGGCUCCCGAGGUCCACCCCUUACACCCCAGGGUCCAGAUGGCGGCCAACGUGGGUGAUCAACGUAGCACGGAUUGGUCCUCUCAGUACAGCGUGGUGGCCGGGGCGGGCAGAGAGAACGGCAUGGAGACUCCCACGCACGAGAACCCGGAGUGGGAGAAGGCCCGCCAGGCCCUGGCCAGCAUCAGCAAGGCGGGAGCCGCUGGCAGCUCCGCCAAGGCCGGCAGCAGUGGGCCUGUGGCCAGCGCACAAUACGUGUCCCAGGCGGAGGCGUCUGCCCUGCAGCAGCAGCAGUACUACCAGUGGUACCAGCAGUACAACUACGCCUACCCGUACAGCUACUACUACCCGGUGAGCAUGUACCAGAGCUACAGCUCCCCCUCCCAGUAUGGGAUGGCCAGUUCCUACGGCUCAGCCACACCCCAGCAGCCGUCCGCACCCCAGCACCAAGGGACUCUCAACCAGCCCCCGGUCCCCGGCAUGGAUGAGAGCAUGUCCUACCAGGCCCCCCCUCAGCAACUGCCGACGGCCCAGCCCCCUCAGCCCUCCAACCCUCCACACGGGGCUCAUCCUCUGAGCAGCGGCCCCCAGCCUGGGACAGCCCCAGCCACCCAGCACAGCCAGGUGGGGCCCGCCUCGGGCCAGGCCUAUGGGCAGCAUACCUACCCUGAGCCUGCUAAGCCCAAGAAGGGCCAGCAGCUGUGGAACCGCAUGAAACCAGCCCCUGGGACUGGCGGUCUCAAGUUCAACAUUCAGAAACGGCCUUUUGCCGUCUCCAGCCAGAGCUUCAGCUCUGCUUCGGAGAGCCAGCACAGCAGCUUCGGCCCCCAGCCCAGCCCCGAGAAAGCCCAGAACCACAGGGGGAGCCUGUCCGGGAAGCCAGACGACUGGCCGCAGGACAUGAAGGAGUAUGUGGAGCGCUGCUUCACCGCCUGCGAGUCAGAGGAGGACAAGGACCGGACGGAGAAGCUGCUGAAGGAGGUGCUGCAGGCCCGGCUCCAGGAUGGCUCGGCCUACACCAUCGACUGGAGCCGGGAGCCCCUUCCAGGGCUGACUCGGGAGCCUGUGGCUGAGAGCCCCAAGAAGAAGCGGUGGGAGGCCCCUAGCAGCCUUCACCCUCCCAGGGGGGCAGGCUCAGCGACAAGGGGCGGGGGUGCCCAGUCCCAGCGAGGGGCGCCCGGGGCUGGGGGUGCUGGCCGAGCCCGGGGCAGCAGCUUCGCCAAGUUCGGCAACCGCAAUGUCUUCAUGAAGGACCACAGCUCCUCCUCCAGUACCGACUCGCGCUCCCGCUCCUCCUCCCGGUCCCCGACCCGCCACUUCCGCCGCAGUGACUCCCACUCGGAUUCUGACAGUUCCUACUCAGGGAAUGAGUGUCACCCUGUGGGUCGCAGAAACCCACCCCCCAAGGGCCGGGGAGGCCGGGGAGCCCACAUGGACCGGGGCCGAGGCAGGGCACAGCGUGGGAAGAGGCACGAUCUGGCGCCCACCAAGCGCAGCCGCAAGAAGAUGGCGGCCCUGGAGUGUGAGGACCCUGAGCGAGAGCUGAAGAAGCAGAAGCGGGCUGCGCGCUUCCAGCAUGGCCACUCCCGCCGCCUGCGCCUCGAGCCCCUGGUGCUGCACAUGGGCAGCCUGGAGAGUGGCGGGGCCGACCCCGACUGGCAGGAGCUGCAGAUCGUGGGCACCUGCCCCGACAUCACCAAGCACUACCUGCGGCUCACCUGCGCCCCCGACCCGUCCACUGUGCGCCCCGUGGCAGUCUUGAAGAAGUCGCUGUGCAUGGUGAAGUCCCACUGGAAGGAGAAGCAGGAUUAUGCCUUUGCCUGCGAGCAGAUGAAGUCCAUCCGGCAGGACCUGACGGUGCAAGGUGUGCGCACAGAGUUCACAGUGGAGGUGUACGAGACGCACGCCCGCAUCGCCUUGGAGAAGGGCGACCACGAGGAGUUCAACCAGUGCCAGACGCAGCUCAAGUCACUGUACGCCGAGAACUUGCCAGGCAACGUGGGCGAGUUCACUGCCUACCGGGUCCUCUACUACAUCUUCACCAAGAACUCGGGAGACAUCACCACAGAGCUGGCCUACCUGACGCGGGAGCUGAAGGCAGACCCCUGCGUGGCCCACGCCCUGGCGCUGCGGGCAGCCUGGGCUCUGGGCAACUAUCACCGCUUCUUCCGGCUCUACUCCCACGCACCCUGCAUGUCCGGCUACCUCGUGGACAAGUUUGCAGACCGCGAGCGCAAGGCCGCCCUCAAGGCGAUGAUCAAAACGUAUGUGAAGCCGGGCUCUCCACUGCCCCCCGCUCUGCGGCCUUGCCGCCGCCCCCCUCUGCCCCCCACUCUGCGCAUUCCCAGGCCUCCAGCCCCCCUCCUGUGGUCUCCUCCCUUGUGUCCUGGUUUUCUUUUCCCAUCUCAGCCCUCCCCCUUUCCUUCGCCCAGCCUGCCCUCCGUCUCUCCCUCUCACUGCUCUGAGGUCCCCCUGCUUUUCUUCCUCCUGCUCACAUCACCCUGGACCCCAGUCUGCCUUCUUGCUCUGGGCUCCCCUCCCUCCGGGGCCUCUGCUCACCUUUCCUCGGCUCUCCUGUCGCUGAGCUCCUUCUCUGGGGAGAAGCGGUAAAGCCGGCCCUGCCCUUCGCAGCUGUGGUCUGAGGGACAAGGCCUCACUCCCACUUGAGCUCCUGGGAGAGUACAGACUUGUUUAGGGGGCAGGUGUCCCUCUGGGGCAGGCGAGUCCGUGACAGUACUCAAAAGAGCAUGCCCACCGUUCGGCAGAUGAGGAGUGUGCCUGCUCAGUCGGGAGGGAGACGCCCCGGGUCAGUCUUGCUGAGGUUGGGAGCCCCUGGUCAGAGGUCAGUUAGCUUGGGAGCCAUGGGGAUGGUGUGGAGCUGGGGAGGGACACUUACCCUGAAGGUUAAGACUUCCUAGGAUCUAGUUGGGUCAAGAAUAUUUAAGGGGGGGGGGUAAAGAAUAUUUAAGGGAGAGGUGGAGCCAGAGCAGGGGCCGAGGACAUAGAGGGGAGAGGUGGGGCAGAAACAGGAGGUGGGUGCACAGGACAGGCCGUGGGCCUGGAGGGCUCUGCAGGGCUGCCCGAGUUUGCUCUUGGGCAGUUCCUCAUCUUCCAUGCUGUCCCAGGGCUGUAGGGCAGGUUACUGUCUCCCCUCUUACUUAGCCUUACAUGUGCUUGGCCUGGGGGACAGGCCCUGGCCUCUUGCUCUCCAGGUACCCUCCCACUUGUAAAGGGGGCACCGCCUUUCUUUGACAGACACAUCCCUCCCAGAGCCAAUUGGGUCCAGACCAGCCCCGCCCCCUCCCCAA